AUAUAAUGAGGCGCACUCGUCUCUAAAAUAUCUUCUUCUCCUCUCUAAACCCUAAUACACUUUCUAGGGUUUUUGAGGAUUCCUUUUUCUCUGCCGAUCUCUCCCUCUCUUCACAUCAUCUGUUAUGGGUAAAUCAAGCAAAAAGGUCGCUAAGGUCGAAGCAGCUGCUGUCGUCGCUGCUCCCACCAAGCCUUUAAAGAAAGGCAAGAGAGAGGCAGAUGAAGCUAUUGAGAAGAAAGUGGUGAGUGCUAAGAAACAGAAGGUGGAAGAAAAGAAGGUUGAGGCCAAAAUUGAAAAGAAGGUCCUUAAGAAGAAGGUCGAGUCUUCUUCUUCUGAAGAUGACUCUUCUUCCGAAGAUGAGCAACCUCCCAAGGCUAAGGCACCACUUGCCAAGAAUGGGUCUGCAAAGUCAGACUCAGAGGAAAGCAGUGGUUUAGAGGAAGAUGUUCCUAAGAAGGCGCCUGCUGCUGCGACAAAGAAUGGAAAGGCAGCUCCCAAGAAGCAGCAGGAGUCCAGCGAUGAUGAUUCUUCCUCUGAAGAUGAGAGCAGUUCUGAUGAUGAUGUUCCUGCAGCUAAGAAGGCCCCUGCAGCUGCUGCCAAGAAGAAAGAGGAAUCCUCUGAUUCUUCUGAUGAUGAUAGUAGCUCAGAUGAGGAUGUUGCCCCAGCCAAGAAACCUGCAGCCCCAGUUAAGAAGGCAACUGCACCUGCAGCAAAGAAAGAUGAGUCAUCAUCCGAAGAAGAGUCCAGUUCUGAUGAAGAUGAUGCACCGUCCAAGAAAGCUCCUGUGACCGCCCCUGCUGCAGCCAAGAAGAAAGAGGAAUCCUCUGAUUCUGAGGAUGAUAGCAGUUCUGAUGAGGAUGUUGCCCCAGCCAAGAAAGCAGCUCCAGUUAAGCAGGUAGCCACCCCUGCGGCCAAGAAGAAAGAUGAAUCUUCAUCUGAGGAAGAUUCCAGUUCUGAUGAGGAUGUUGCCCCAGCCAAGAAACCUGCAUGCCCUAAGAAGGCAGCUGUACCUGUGGCAAAGAAAGAAGAAUCAUCAUCCGAAGAAGAGUCCAGUUCUGAUGAGGAUGCUGCUCCAGCCAAGAAAGCUCCUGCCGCCACCUCUGCUGCAGCUCCCAAGAAGAAAGAGGAGUCCAGUGAUGAAUCUGAUUCAGAAGAAAGCUCUGAUGAGGAAGAAGCACCCAAGGCUGCUUCAUUGAAGAGACCCACUGCAGAUGCUAAAAAGGCCAAGGAGGAAAGUUCUGAUGAUGAUAGUGAUGAGAGUUCUGAUGAAAGUGAUGAUGAUGAACCUCAGAAAAAGAAGAUUAAAGGCCAAGCAAAGAAGAGUGCCAGUUCCGAUGAGUCCUCUGAGGAAGAUGAGUCUUCAGAGGAAGAAGAUGAAAAACCUGCCAAGACUCCUAAGAAAACAAGUGGAGAUGUUCAAAUGAUGGAUGUUGACAAUACUCCCAAGACACCUUCCACACCCAAUGUGCAGUCUGGAGGUUCAAAAACUCUAUUUGUUGGAAACUUAUCCUUCUCUGUUGAGCAAGCAGAUGUUGAGAACUUCUUCAAAUCUGCUGGGGAAGUUGUGGAUGUCCGUUUUGCUAUGGGUCAAGAUAAUUCAUUCCGGGGCUUUGGUCAUGUUGAGUUUGCUACCGCAGAAGCAGCGGCAAAGGCACUGGAAUUGAAUGGUCAAGAGUUGUUGGGUCGUGAAGUGAGACUUGACCUUGCUAAAGAAAGGGGUGCUGCCACUCCGUUCAGCGGUGGCCGAGAUUCACAAUCCUUCCAGAGGGGAGGAGGAGCUCAGGGACAAACAGCAUUUGUUCGCGGAUUUAACAAAUUCGACAGUGAAGACCAGAUUAGGAGUGCCCUGGAGGAGCAUUUCAGCGAAUGUGGUGAAAUCACCCGAGUUUCUAUCCCCAAAGAUCAAGAGGGUGGUGUUAAAGGUAUUGCUUACCUUGAUUUCAAGGAAGGAGAUGCCUUCAACAAAGCUUUGGAGCUAAGUGGAUCUCAACUUGGUGACAGCACCUUGUAUGUUGAUGAGGCCAAGCCAAGGGAUAAUAAUGCUUCUGGUGGCGGCAGAGGAGGCGGUAGAGGCUUUGGAAGAAGUGGUGGUCGGGACUCUGGUGGCCGAUUCGGAGGUGGCGGGCGCCGUGGUGGUGGCCGUGGUGGUCGGGACUCUGGUGGUCGUUUUGGUGGUGGUGGCAGAGGAGGACGUGGAUUCAGCAACAAACCCAGCUUUACUCCAUCUGGAAAGAAAACCACAUUCAGCGAUGAGUAGACGUUGCCAUAAUUUUCGAAGUAUUUAUGAAUACUAUGCCGAGUUUUGUUUAUUACUGUUUAGGCAUUAUAAUUUUUAUUUUCGUGUGGAUUUGGAUCUUGUAAGCUUUAUGCUUAGACAAUUUAUUUUAAGUUGCAAAUUUUUAUAUAAUUAUCAUAGUAUUAAUUAUUUGGGCA